ACGGCGUACUUGUCCAAAAUCCAGAAGGGCUGCCAUAUCCAACCGUUCGGGUGCACGAUUGCAGUGGAAGAGUCCACCUUCAGGGUCAUUGCCUACAGCAAGAACGCCCGGGACCUGCUCGACCUGAUGCCCCAGUCGGUUCCAGUGCUCGAGAGGCGGGAGAUCCUCACAAUUGGGACUGACGUCAGGACGCUCUUCACGCCUUCCAGCUCAACUUUGCUGGAGAAGGCUUUCUGCGCUUGGGAGAUUACUCUUCUCAACCCAAUUUGGAUACAUUCGAGGGUUUCCGGCAAGCCGUUUUACCCGAUUUUGCAUAGGAUUGAUGUUGGGGUUGUCAUUGAUUUGGAGCCUGCUAGAACAGAGGACCCGACUCUGUUUAUAGCCGGGGCGGUGCUGUCUCAGAAGCUGGCCAUGAGGGCGAUUUCGCAGCUACAGUCACUACCCAGUGGGGAUAUUAAGCUUUUGUGUGACAUGGUGGUGGAGAGUGUGAGGGAGCUUACUGGGUAUGAUAGAGUUAUGGAGUACAAGUUUCAUGAGGAUGAGCACGGGGAGGUUUUGGCUGAAGUGGGUGAGCUCAGGCUUCUUCUCACAUGAAGAACAGAGGUGGGUUUCGUGGAGCUAGA